CAGUGUAUUUGGACGAAAUUGUUCCACCUGUCCUUGCUUGUUUUAGUGAUCAAGAUUCACGCGUAAGAUAUUAUGCUUGUGAAAGCAUGUAUAAUAUCGCCAAGGUGUCUAAAGGUGAAAUUUUACGGUAUUUUAAUGAAGUGUUUGAUGCGAUGAGUAAGGUAAAUGAUUUUUCACAAAUUCAAUCUUUUAGGAUACCCCAUAAAGUAUCUAAAAACUCCGAAGUUUCUGUCAAAAAUGGAACCGAACUUUUGGAUAGAUUGAUUAAGGAUAUCGUUGCUGAACAAUCUACUACAUAUGUAUCCGCUUUGGUUCUUGCAUCUAUGUCACACGAUGAUUCAACAGAGCCAGUUUCAAUGCCACGCACUACUGCAUUCUCUUUGCCCCGGUUCAUUCCGCUUCUCGCCGAACGCAUUCAUGCAAAAAAUCCUUUCACACGCAACUUUUUGGUAUCGUGGAUUACUGUGUUAGAUUCAAUCCCAGAUCUUGAACUUGUGUCAUUUUUACCGGAUUUUUUGGAUGGACUACUACAAUUUUUAAGCGAUCCGAAUAAAGACAUAAGAAAUGCUACGUCAUCUAUACUGGCUAAUUUUUUGGCUGAGAUACGUGAAGCAUUUGAAGUUAAGGAACACCAAAAACAGCAGGCAAUGAAGAGUUAUUUUGUCGAACAACAACGGAAAAUGGUCGUUGCAUCCGAGACUGUUAGUGAAGCUGGAGAGAGUGUGAAAGAUGGAAGCACGAAAGGCGAUAGUGAUGAUACAACAUUGGGCCCUAAUUCGAUAGAUGGGGACAUUAAUUGGGAUGCUAUCUCAUUAAGUGAAACUGAAGGAAGGGGAAAAGGUUCAUGGGUUCCAGGUCAAGGUGUUGUAAUUAAUUAUGUCAGAAUUGUUCAAAUUUUAAUGGACCACUUAUGUUCUCCAGAGGAAGAGAUUCAAGCUACAGCGUUGAAAUGGAUAAAUGAAUUCAUACAUAUCGCCAAAGAAGUAAUAAUUUCAUUUACACCACAGCUUAUAAGCGCUGUAUUACCUUCCUUGGCGCAUUCUACUACAAAUAUCCUUCAUAUGAUUUCAUAUAAUAUUAUUCUGGAAACUCCAACUAAUGGUCUACCAACAUUACAGCCGCCGCCUUAUUCAAUGGUAUCAAAGGAACCUACAUUACCAUCAGCACCUAACGGAAGUGCUUAUACACCCAACUCACUUCCUUCAAUAGAUGAGCACGUUGAUCCCUUCGAUUAUCAGGCUACAGUUGAGGCUUUAGUGCGGCAAUUCUCAAAUAUACAUGAGGAAACUAGAGUUGCAAGUUUGGACUGGCUUUUGAUGCUUCAUAAAAAAGCACCAAAGAAGAUUCUUGCGAUCGAUGAUGGUACUUUUCCAGUUUUAUUAGAUAUUCUUUCAGAUCCAUCUGAAGAGGUAGUUAAACGAGAUCUUCAGCUUCUCGCGCAACUGUCUUCAAGUUUUGAAGAUGAAUACUUUACGCGCUUUAUGGGAGAUUUAUUAAGAUCAUUUAGUACAGAUCGGAAAUUGCUUGAAACAAGAGGAAGUCUAAUUAUUCGUAAUCUAUGUUUGAGCCUUAAUUCAGAGCGUAUAUACCGUAGCUUUGCGGAGAUUCUUGAGAAAGAGGAGGAUAUCGAAUUUGCUUCUAGCAUGGUUCAAAAUCUUAAUAGCAUUCUCAUCACUUCCCCUGAGCUUUCGGAUCUGCGAAAGAGACUCAAAAAUCUUGAAACAAAAGACGGUCAAAUGUUGUUUACAACCUUGUACAAAUCUUGGUGUCAUAAUCCAGUGGCUACAUUUUCGCUUUGCCUAUUAGCACAAGCAUAUGAACAUGCGGCUAAUCUAUUACAAAGUUUCGCUGACCUAGAUAUCACUGUUAACUUGCUAAUUCAGAUAGAUAAACUAGUUCAGUUACUUGAAUCGCCAGUCUUUACAUAUUUACGCCUCCAACUUCUCGAGCCAGACAAAUAUCCUUAUCUUUUUAAAUGCCUUUAUGGGUUGUUAAUGCUCUUACCGCAGAGCAGUGCGUUUGCCAGUUUAAAAAAUAGAUUGACUAGUGUUUCAUCGAUGGGAUUUUUACAUUUGAUUCCGAGAAGUGCGUCACCAACUGAUACUAAACGACAAUCAACAAAAUCAUACGUAAAGGAUGACGGUAUUAAAUUUCAAGAACUUCUGACACAUUUUCGGGCAGUACAAGCAAAGCAUGAGAAGACUAGAAAACAAACUCUGCAUUCUCUUGGUCAUUCUGGUAGUCAAACUACCCGAAACCGUCGUAUUCGUGAUCGUACAUCGCUUCCGGCAAGCAGUAAUAACUUGUCGCAAUCUGUGACAUCAAUAUCCAAUAAGAACAAUAGUGGAAACAUACCGCCUACUGAUCAACGUGGAAGUACUAACACUGGAGUAAGCACCAGUAGUGCAAACGUUAAUACAGGAUCUCUGCAGGUAGACCAAUCCAGAAGACGGCUGAGCGCGGCUAGUUCAACAAGUGCAACAAGUGAUCAUGGAUCCGGAAAUCCCCACACACGUUCUCAGAGUCCGCCCGUGAGUAAUGUCAAACGCGGCAAUACAUAUCGAAAAUAA